AUGGCAAUCUACAUUUCUGAUAAACGCAUCAGACCUGGUCGAUUGGUACUACUUAUACUAGGCGUAUUAUUUGGUUUAUAUAUUUUAAAAAAUCUUCCAUCCAAUACAGAUAGUCAUGUAAGUUCAGAAGUUACAGACAUCGGGGAUUUUGUUCAAUUUACCAAAGAUAAGAGCCAGUUAAAAGAGGAGUUGAAAUAUUCUGAAAAUAGUGUUGAUAUUAAGGAAAUUGGAGAGGUAACAGAAGAACUUUUGAAAAAAAUGGAUAAAAAAACUCACAAAUGUCCAGACUAUGUUGAAUAUUCACAGUUCAAACAUCCACCUUUUUCCAAUGGCAAGUAUCAAUACCCUUAUAUGAGGCCAGCACCAAAAUGUCGGACAUUCAGGUCAGAAGCGGUAGAACAAGUGAUUAAUGAUUUGAAAAAUAAGGUCGAAAGCAGGGAUCUUGCUCGCUUAAUAGAAAAUUGUUUGCCCAACACUUUGGAUACAACAAUAUUAUGGCAUAUAUCUUCGUUAGAGUCCAAGCAAGUGGACGAACCGCAUUCAUUUGUUGUUACUGGAGAUAUUCAUGCCGAAUGGUUGCGUGAUGCUGCUAGACAAUUAUCGGUAUAUCAACCAUUAAUAAAAUACGAUAAGCAACUAAAAGAGUUAGUAAGAGGUGCAAUCAAUACACAGGCAUUCUAUAUUAUUAAUUCUCCUUAUUGCAAUGCAUUUCACCCUCCCCCAGGAUCUGGUGUUAAAAGAGGUAAUACUGCAGUAGACCAAGUAUUUCCAAGACCUGAUUGGAGACAAGUAUUCGAGUGUAAAUAUGAAUUGGAUUCAUUAGCCUCAUUCUUGACUUUGACAAAUGAAUAUUAUGAAAACUCUGGAGGAGAUUUAUCUUUCCUCAAUGACCGUUGGUUGAAAGCUUAUGAAAGAAUACUUAUUGUAUUAAAAAGGGAAUCACAACCAUCAUUUGAUAAGGAAACAGGUCAGGCUCUAAGCUUCUAUUAUUCCUUCCAAAGACAAACCCAAAUUGGUUCUGAAACUCUUCCAUUGGGAGGUGUGGGUAAUCCAGUUAACUACGCUACAGGUUUGAUUAGGUCCGCAUUUCGUCCCUCCGAUGAUGCUUGUAUAUUGCAAUUCUUCAUCCCUGCAAAUUCCCAUAUGUUAACAGAAUUAAAGAAAGUUAGAAAGAAUUUCUUAGUAUCAGAUAAGAAACCAGACAGAGACUUGUUGCCAUUAAUUAGUCAUACAGAUGCUUUCAUAGAAAAAAUAUCUGAAGGUAUUGCCAAAUAUGGCAUUGUAGAGCACCCUGUGUGGGGCAAGGUUUAUGCAUAUGAAGUUGAUGGGUAUGGAGGAGCCAUUCACAUGGAUGAUGCAAAUAUUCCAUCAUUGCUAUCCUUACCAGACAUGGGUUUCAUUGAUGUUAAUGAUGAAGUUUAUCAGAAUACUAGAAAAAUGAUAUUAUCUAAAGUUGGUAAUCCAUAUUACUUAACGGGAACUCAAUUCGAAGGUAUUGGUGGCCCUCAUAUUGGUAUACACAAUGCAUGGCCAAUGUCUUUGUUAGUAAGUAUUAGAACAACGGAUGAUGAUACAGAAAUCUUGAACAACUUACAACUUAUCAUGGAAAAUACUGCUGAAUUAGGUUUGAUGCACGAAAGUGUUCAAGUUAAUUCAAAGAAGGGCAAAGAAUUUACAAGAUCCUGGUUUGCAUGGUGCAAUUCAGAGUUUGGAAAGACUAUUAUGUAUUUAGCAAAGCAUAAACCACAUCUAAUAUUUAAGAAAGAGUUUGCAAAUAAAGCAUAUGAUAUUAACAAUGCUUUGGCGUCCUUGGUUGAUUAA